UCGUUACUUCCCACACAUAAGCAUUCAGUGUUUUCAUGUAUGGGCUUCCGUCUCUGGGGCGACGGAUUCGGACAUAUUCGGUGAGCUGCUGAUAGUGACGAUGGAAGGGGGAAACAUCACACAGACUCCAGCGAAUUAGCAAACAGCGCACAUCAUGACCCCACUUAAGAGACCCGCCGGGUAGUACCUCCAUGUUAUUCGAUGGUCCAUGACCGUCUACCACCUACGAGAUACCUAUAAGAUAUAUCAGAAUAUAUAUGCUUGACACUCGAAUAUCCCGCUUUUCAGAGAAUGAUCUAUAAUUACGAGUACAAGGAAACACUGUGUUUUUUUAAUGGAUUGACAUAUAUUUUAGUACAGUAUGAAAGGUUUUUUCAGUAAAGGAGGUGAAAUGCUUUAGGGUUUGUAUUGCUACUUCGGC